AUGGCUCAACUAUUCACAUCCAUUAUAUUGAUAUUGUCGAUUGAUAAACUAUCGCCUUCUCAAAUGGCUUUCAACUGGGAAAUAUUUGAUCAAAGACAGACCGAAAACAUCACGUCGGCUACCCUGCUCUACUGCGAAUCUGUGCGCGCUACACCAGACCUACUUCUGGAUAUCGAGCCCGGUUUCCGAAGGAACGUCUCCAUAGAAUUGUCGCUCAGUCUUCUCCGAAUACUUACGGGUGGCGAUUCUGCAAAAUCACUAAUUGCAAUGAGUCGAAGAAGUGCUGUUAAACGACCUUAUCCAGCUAAUGUUGCCGCAUCUUUAACCGGAAAUUCCGAACCUCACAUCCAUUCGGAUAGUGAUGGGGACGAAUUUAUUGACGUGGAGACUAUUGGAUCUGGGCAGGUUCGAGCUGCUCACUUCGUUGACGCAUCAGCUACGGAGUCGGUCAGUCCUCAAGCGAGAACUGCGGUUCGAAGAAGAAGGUUAGCACCACGUCUAAGACGAUCUGCGACUAAAUUUAGGUCUUGUGUCGGCGCUGUUUCUUUUAUACCUCGGGUAACUACGCCUAGGGUGACUUUAGUAGGAAGAGGAAGAACGGAAAGUUUGAGCUCAACUUUUCUCAACGUUGAUAAUUCACAGAGACAUGCUGAGCAGGUGGCUAGUACAGCUUCAUCGAAACGCGUUCCAAUCUUAGCUAAAGAGGGGAUUGGAACAUACGUCGUGCCUAAACUCCCACUCGAAGAAAUGACAAUGUCGACAAGGGCUCUGCGUGCCAUACAAGAAGAUCAUAAAACACAAUGCGAUGAAAACCAGCUCGAACGUAUACCGAUAUCUGAAUUUUCAUCAGACAAGGAAGUAAAAGCCGCUGUACUGCUAACAAGUGCGGAACCAUCGACUUCUUCCGAUCCUCUAAAUGCUGCUUCUGGAAAGAAGUCAGAUUCCACCUCUCCUAUCGGUUGUGCGCAUUUUCAUUGUCCUGUAACGUUCAGCAGCAUUGACGAGUUAGUUUCUCAUCUCGUUGUAUUUCAUUGCCAGCAUCAGUUCAGCCCACGAAAGAUGACGUUUAUGUCAACGGAGAAGUAUGAGGCCUGGAAGACAACUUAUGAGAAGACUCACGAUGCAAAAAUGCUUACAGAUGACACAUGUGAGCAGUCCGAAGGUCUUCUUCGGAUGCGAUAUUACUGUGAGCACUGUGAUAACAAGAGUCACCAGCCUGAAGAACGUAGAUCUCGAACGAAAGACAAAUUUACUUCCAUCACUGCAAUUUGUCCAGCUCAUUUCACUGCAUCUAUCAACCAGGAAAAGAACACUGUGGUCGUCGUUGGUUGCUUUGCUCAUCUUGGUCACGCAAAGAAAACGGUGCAGCCUCAGGUAAUCACAUCUGGCUCUCCAACUCAAAAAAGCAGACAGAAGCCAGUUCAGGCAAAAUGCAAGCAUUGUGGUAAAUGGUUCAUGUCACGAGUGGUGAUGAAUCGUCACGUAAAAGAGCAACACUCAGACCCGAAUAUAAUUAAAGGUACAACCAUCGAGUGCGGUGAUCCUCAUUGCGAUGUUGUGUGUGACCGCAUGUCGACUUUGUGUGAACACGUUGCACAGGAGCACGGUCGAGAGGACUUAAUCAUAGAAGAGUUCAAAUUCUCUGACAUUGCUAAAUUUAAGGAAUGGAAAAAAGAAUUGGAGACAGGCACAGUAUCCAAGUUCGUGCUUUCUUCUAGUCGAACUCGUGCAAGUGGAGUGAUACAAUCGUACUUCCUCUGUCAUUUAAGUGGAUAUGCGAACCGCUCGCGUCAUUCUACACCACCAGUAGGACGGUUGAGAUCAACAAAGAAACUUGGUCGCUAUUGCACUGCUUUUAUGAAUACCAAAGAGUUCAAAGAUGGCUCAGUCUUAGUUCAAUGUUGUCUUGGGCACUUUGGCCAUGGAUUUGAUGUGCGUCGACUCCCACUGCCAGAUAAGGUGAAGGAUGAGGUUACCGAGCUGUUGUUGAAAGGUGUGACGACACAAGAAGUUUAUGAAACUGUACGAAAGAGGUACUCCCAAACAGAACGCGGCUAUUACCUUCAGCGAUACGAAAUUCGGAAUAUAGCGGACAAGCUAAGAAAGCAAGGCCUAUUAUCACAUAAAGAUAGAGAGAAGCAGACCAACACACUGGAACACCUCUCUUCCUCCCAAAUGCCAGCUAACUCCUCAUUAUCAAUGGAGAAACCACAUGCCCCAACUCCGAAUGUGAGAUUCCAGUCGCUUCGAAUACAAUCCGAGCGUGCACAAAUAUUCCGGUCUGUGUGGAAAAUGGACGAUUUAUCAGAUCCGAAAUUAGAGAGGAGCUUGGAGCAAAGUCAUUACGCUCAUCCGGGAAGAAGCACAUCUGCUCUGGAAGUGGCUUCAUCUGGAGACCGACUGCGCGAUGUAUCGCCACCGAUCAUAGGAACUUCUGGUUACAUGGAGUUUCAUGGAGCGAUGGUUUAUGAUGACAUGAUUGUUGCUGACGAGAAUGAUGUUGAUUCGCUCACUUAUUUCGAUGAAACGCAACAUGGUGAAAGUCUUCUGGAUGCUAUUCAUUCAGAACGCGAUCCAACGGAAUGUUCAUCCACCAUUGUGACAGCCAAGGUGACUCCACUGCUCAUGGAACCGCAGCCGACGGGCAACGUUAGCUUCGAUGAGAGUAUGAUUGAUAUCAAUCGGAGGAUACAUGUUCUCCAAGACCAAAGGAGAAGAACACAUGAUGCGAACAAGCUAAACCUCCUACUGACCCAAAUACGUGAUCUUCAAGGGCAGCUUGUACGUAAUGUACCGCAAACUACCGGAUUUAUACAAACCACUGAACAAGAAUUUGAUGGAGAAGAAGACGAUGAAGAAGUCCAAUAUGAUCCGAUAGAAGGGGAUGAUGCAGUAUGCUUUGAAGUGGAAGUGGAGAGCUCAGAAGCGCCAAGUAAAGGAAGACCGUCUAUCUCGAUGGAACGCUACAAAGACCUUGGCUUUGAGACAGACCCAUACGAAGAAGUAGUGACAGCGGGUUAUGAGUUGCUGUGA